AUGGCUAAACUUCCUGAAAAGCAUGAGGGUUGUGUCGCCUGUGGGUGGACCGCGAAACAACAAAACGAUUGCCAUUACGAGAGCCACGUCAAACUUUUUUACGGCGCAUCAAAACUGGGUGUCUGGUCCAUCGGAUCCGAUGCGAUUCUGAAAGACCGGCCCGACGAGGGCCCAAAAGCGAAAGUGGAAGUGAAAACACUGAAUUAUCUGGCCGAAAAUACCGACAUACCCGUUCCUAAGGUUUUACGCGACUGGGUCGAUCGAAAUGGGCGGUACUUCGUUCUAAACGAACGGGUCGAUGGACAGACACUCGAGGAGGCAUGGCCUUCUUUGUCAGAAUCCCAAAAAAUCGAUAUCGCAGACCAAAUUGUCCAAGUGCGAAAGCAGCUACGAGAAGUCACUUCAGGCGCAAUUCAGUGUGUUGAUCAAAGCCCAUGCUACCCAGGCUUACUGUUUUCUGAUCUUGAGCCCCGUGGACCGUUUCACUCUGACCAAGAGCUCUGGGAUGCGCUGGCCCUCAAACUUUCUCACCUCCCUCAGCAAGUUUUACAGAGCUUGAAGAUGCGCCUACCGAAGUGCGAGCCUUAUGUUCUUACUCACUGCGAUCUCAAUUUAGGAAACAUCAUGGUCCAAGACGGCAAGGUUGUUAGUAUACUAGACUGGGAGUAUGCUGCCUUCUUUCCUGUUUGGUAUGAGUAUGUUUCUGCUUCUUUUGGAUUUACAGAGAUGGAUGUUGAAUGGAAAAGGUUGUUCCAGGAGCGAUUAAGUCUACAGGGCGAAGGGCAUGAAAAUACUAAGGCAUUCUGGACGGAAAUGCGCACUGCAGUAUACGACAAUACCCGAAUCUAG